AUGGCUCCUCGUCUUUGCUGCGGCUCCAAGCGGUCUCUGACGCCCCCAGAUAGCCCAGUGAGGCUCAGAGAGGUCGAAGAGACGGGACGUAGAUUCACCAUCUCAACCGACUUCACCAACGAAAACUCUACGGACUUUGGGGAGUCUAUCGAUCCAAUAUAUGACAUCUUCCAUCCUUCGAAUUUGGCGGUGCAUGAAACUCCCGAGUCUUCGCAAUUCUUUAUCAGGCGUCGAGAAAGUCUCCAACGACUUCAACAUGCUGCGGAUAGACUGAAGAGAAAGGUGCUCUCGGGUACUCCUUCACCUAAGUCAAAAGAUAUCGACAUUCGCGGCGAAUACCUAGACUUCGGAAGUGAUAGUCAAUCGCGUGGCUUGCAUGAUCCAAUAAACAUUGCCAUCAGAGAACAUCGUACAGACAUGUUUGACGACGAUGCUGUGCCCAUUCAGACUCCGAAAGCCUCGUGGUCUCGCCAAGAUGCUAGGGCAGGAUCGUUGCAAAUGUCUCCCAGUCAGCUCAAAAGGCUUCUAAACAGAUCGUCUUCUUCGCGCCCUGACUCUCUCAAAGCAAUCGAGCAUACUUUGCCUGCGCCACCUUCGCCAAUACCUUCUAAUGCGGGAACAUACACCAAGUCAUCAAAGGACAAGGCGACCCAGGUACCGAGUGCCUCCUAUGAGGAGCUUGAGUAUGGUCAAGCAACUUGUGGCGAUACAGUACCAAAAUCUAUCCUUCCCAACCGGUCUCCAGGCAGCAAAAGCAACUCACUUGCAUCCCCACUACGCACGUCACACAACAACAGCCAAGAUGAUUCGCAAGCAAGAGAGACGGCGAGCACAAAAUACUCUCUUGAAGGACAUGAUGGCCGUCCAAUCCCAGACUUCGAACGCCAACAGGGUGUUGUUGCUAAGUCUCAGGCGGCAGAGUUCAACCGCUUCAAACCACCAGCAUGGCGACGCAGUGCUUCUGGUACACUAGAUCAAUCUACUCGUCCUGCAGUGGAUUUUGUGCAACAGCAAGAAACAGGCGCGCUGUCCGACGAGAAGUCGCAACCUGGAGGUGUAGAUGGAGCUACCUCUGGCUCUCAUAUCCGGUCACAUAGUGAUGGUAGUGGCUCGGUUCAUCUCUACAACAUGCGUAUCUCGGAACGCCUUGCAUCCAAUGGCAGAUCCACAACGGUAUCGUUGCCACAAUUACGAGACGCAAGCAGAAGUGAGCUGAGCCUGGGAACAAAUCCCGAGUUCCUUGUUCUCAAAAGGCGCCAAAUAUCCAGCCCUGGUUUCUCAAGCUCAAAGGUUCCUUCCUCGUGGGGAAGCCCAAAGCGAAACCAAGAAACCUCCGGUUGUUCCUCAAGCUCUCACCGUGAUCUUGCUCCUAUCUCGAGAGCUGAGUAUGAUGAGAAUUCUGGCGGCAAAGAGAUCGAUGCCCAAAGUCCGCUAAUUCUCUCACAGUCCGCAAUUGACAGCUUGCAAUCAUCCCGAAGUCAGUCGCAAGAGCUAGAUUGUUAUCCGUUUCCCACAUCUGUAGAUGGACUUAUUCACAUUCCAAAAACAAGGUUAUCUACAGCCAAAAUCGAUAACCUGAGGACCUUAGAUACUCUGAAGCUUGCCACUCGGAGCAAGAGCCUCAGCACGGUCGAGUCAGGACAUGCAGAGAAACAAAACCUCCUGCGUAGAGCAUGUACGGUCACAGAAAACAGAUACUUCUCCCAAGCAGACAUCGACGAUCUAGCUGCCUCAAUAGCAUCUCGUAGCCCUCCAAGCAGCCGACGAGCUAGUACCUUCGACGGAAGCAAUGACGGCUCCGUCGGUCGCGAGAGAAGCAGGUCCCGCCAGAAAAGUACACUUGAUCCAAGCCGAGCAGACUGGAAUCGACCCGGCAAACUUAGCAUAGCAGCAGGCUACGAGCCCGUUGGCUCCUCAGUCUGGGACAAAGCCCUCUUUGAGCACGCAAUCGAAGACAGGAGGUUGUCCCAUUACAGGCCAGGUAGCGUAUCAGACGAGCACGUCAAGCGCUGGAAGCAGAAACGAGCACAGAUCUCCAAGUCCUCGCUGCAGGAUAUAAGUUCUUCCAGCAUCGGUCAAGGUCUUGACGAAGACGUGCAGGCUCAUUUGGGAGCCUUCACCCUUUCACCGCCAUUGACAACGCCAGACGUGGUUUCCAGACACCCUCCUCAGCAUGGCCACAAUCGUACCUCUUCCUCCACCUCAACAAGUUCCUCCUGGUCACGCUUUCCCGCCUAUUCCCGCCGCGACCGUAUCGAGACCUCCGCAAACGAAAGCGACAACGUCUUCCCCCGAGACUUCGCCCCCGCGUUCCCAGAAGAAAUCCCGUCAAUCUCCGUACCUGGCCCACCUGUGUCACCAGUCACGCCAACGACUCCUCCAAAACCGUCUUCGCCCGCAAAACGCCUCCGUGCUAGGAUCCAAGUCAUCAAGAAAUCGCAUUCCUCACCUAUCCCCAAAUUGAGGAAGUCGGUGCAGAAUAUGUAUCAUGCGAAGAGCCAGGAGGUGGUGGGCCGGUUGGCGGUUGAUGAGGCGAGGGGGCAUAAGAGUAGUGUGAGCGAGGGUGUUAUGGGGGAGUAUCCUGAGUUGGAGAUGCUGGCGCCAUUGAGUCCGAGUUCGGCAUUGGGGUUUUAUGGCGCUGGUGGAGGUGAGGGAGAGGGUAGGGAUUACUUCCAGGGGUUUGCGUUUAGUGGACUGUCGAAGAAGGGGAAGGAGGAUCUGAAGGACGGGGAUAGAUUUGGGCGGCGAGGUAGUGGAGGGAAGGUGAGCGGUGCUAGGACAGGGACUGGGAAAGACAGUAUGAUCGGCCCGCUGAAGACUCCUACCCUUGACAUCAGGCAUGAUGAGAAGAAGGAUGAUGGAGUGGUGUCUUCACCACCCACGACUCUCCCCUCACCCUCCUCUACGGCCACCGGCAACAGGAAACGAACGAGCAGCAUACGAAGCGGACGAAGCGCGCGAAGUUCGCGAAGUGGGGGCUCGAAACGCGAGGAUGCAAAGGGUUGGAGUAAGCUCUAUGAGAGCUGCGUCUGUUUGCCGCCUAUGAGUAGUGGGGAGUGUACACCGAGUGGGAACCGGAGUAUGGCGCACCUUGAUGCGUGUUAUGGUGUAGAAGCGAGUAGGACUGCUGGUGGAGGGGGAGGGGGAUGUAUGAGAGGGCGUUGA